GAUCGUUUUCGUUAUAUAAACUGUGUUUCGGGUCGGGUAUAUAUUUAUUUAUUUAUAUAAGAAGUGGCAGUUACUGAAACUGAAUGUAAUGCACCACCUGAUCCGAUUCAAUUUUAUGUUACAAACCAUCGUAAUUGCACCAUUUGAUCAGCGAUUUUGCUUAUUAUUAAAUAAAGUCAAUUUUCACAUUGUAUGGAAAGAAAAAAAUAUACUGUUUAUAAAAAAAAUCUAAUUGGAUUGAAUUUUAUUGAAUACCUUGUUAGUAAUUACUAAUUUUGGUGACUUGUGAGUAGUUCAAAGAAAUUUAUUUAUAUAUCUGUGCUAAUAUUAGUGUUUGGCACUAAAGAUUUAUUUAUUAGUUGUGAGAACUGAUACCGUGCCGUUUCAUGUGUUGUGGCUAAUGUUUCAGACUAUUCUGAAUUAUUUUCGUGAGGUGGUUAGUGGUUAUCUAAUACAUUUUUUAUUUUGUAAUGGUUAUUAAAAAAAGUUUUCAUUGACGUGCAAGUUGAUGGCGUGCUAAGAAAUAGAAAUCCAAGCCUGCAUGAACGGGUACAAGUUACUGAAUGUUACUUUAAGAAAACACCAAACCUUAAGAUACUUCUGUUUAAGUUUCAAUUUAUUAAGUAACAACUGUAAACAACCCCUUAAAAAUAUGGAGUGUAAGUUUAUCAAGAAAUGUGAUGUAAUCCCUGAAAAUCAGAAGCUCCCAAAAAAAUACUAUCGCCGUGCAGAACACAGAAUCUUUGUCAAUAGAUCGCUGCAUCUCGAAAAUGUUAAAUUUUAUGGCUUUGAUAUGGACUACACCUUAGCUGAAUAUAAGUCUCCAGCGUAUGAAACAUUAGGAUUUAAUUUGACCAAAGAAAGAUUAGUGCACAAAGGUUACCCUGAAGAAAUAUUAGAGUUUGAAUAUGAUCCUUCUUUUCCAGUUAGAGGUCUAUGGUUUGAUACGUUAUACGGAAACCUACUAAAAGUAGAUGCCUAUGGUAAUAUUUUAGUGUGUGUACAUGGAUUUGAAUUCUUAAAGCACUCACAAGUAUACGAAUUGUAUCCCAAUAAGUUCUUAACAUUAGAUGAAUCCAGGGUAUAUGUCCUGAACACGUUGUUCAACUUGCCAGAAACUUAUCUAAUAGCCUGCCUGAUAGACUACUUCACCAAUUCACCACAGUACACAAGAACAAAUUACGGUGUACGAUGUGGGGAUCUAGCUAUGUCGUUCAAGUCAAUCUUCCAGGAUGUAAGAAAUGCGGUGGAUUACGUUCACAUUCACGGAGAUCUCAAGAGCAAGACCAUCGAGAAUCUGGACCUAUACUUGAAGAAAGACGACAGACUACCAAUGUUCUUGUCGAGGAUAAAGGAUAGCGGAGCGAAAAUUUUCAUACUAACAAACAGCGAGUACAACUUCACCGACAAGAUUAUGACUUAUCUAUUCGACUUCCCAUACGGUGCUAAGCCUGGCGAACCACACAGAAACUGGAAGACUUACUUCGACUGGAUCGUAGUGGACGCUAAGAAGCCGCUAUUUUUCGGUGAAGGUACUACUCUACGACAAGUGGACACAAAGACUGGGGCCCUAAAAAUGGGUCACCACGUCGGGCCCCUGCACGAGGAGCUCGUUUACUCAGGAGGUUCGUGCGAUGUGUUCACCGAUAUGAUCGGUGCUAAGGGUAAAGAUGUGUUGUACGUCGGCGACCACAUAUUCGGUGAUAUCCUGAAGUCCAAGAAGAUUGGUGGGUGGCGAACUUUCCUCAUAGUGCCCGAGCUAGUUCAGGAGUUGCAUGUGUGGACGGACAAGUGCCAGCUGUUUGAACAGCUGCAGGACCUUGACGUCAAACUAGGACAUAUGUACAAAGAUUUAGACUCGGGUACGAAGGUGAAGCCAGAUAUAUCGAAGUUGCGUAUUUCUAUCCGUGACGUCACACAUAAGAUGGACUUGGCGUACGGUAUGCUGGGAUCGCUGUUCCGCUCCGGAUCCAGACAGACUUUCUUCUCGUCACAGGUUGUGAGGUACGCGGACCUAUACGCGGCAUCGUUCCUGAACCUGAUGUACUACCCGUUCUGCUACAUGUUCCGCGCGCCCGCCAUGCUCAUGCCUCACGAGUCCACCGUGGCUCACGAACAACGCUUCACCUUCGACAAGCCCACCAUAGACAGGAGCAGGACUUCUAGCGUGCCCCUAAUCAUCGGCGUGGGUGACCUGCCCGAAGAGAUAUCCAGCAUUUCGUCAAACGAAUCUAAUGUCAAGGGAAAGGAAAAGGAGGGCGGCGUAACCUUUCAGUCAACAUCAGUGCCGCACAUGCGUCCAGAGACCCCGCGCCAACUGACGCAUACACACGACGAAGACUGUUCAGACGACGAAGAAGUCGCUAAGACUGCGCAAACUAAAUAAUUAUUUCAAAGUUAUUCUCGCACCUACAGAUAAUGAAGCAUAUUAUUCCAUACUAAUUUCUGCGAUGACGGAUCCACGGUCAGUUUACAACAAUAAUGUAAAGUACUGAUCGUACCGUGUCGUAGCAUACCGAGAUCGAAAGUUUUUAUAAAUCAUUUAAUUUGAUUAUAAAACGAAAGUAGUGCCUAAAUUGUAUUUACGUGUUUAAACUACAUGUUCGAGCAUGUUCAGAUUAAACACUAGUGCAAGCGAGUUUGUAUGCCGAUAUGCAGCUACUAAUAUUGAAGUAUUAGAAUGGGUGAAGUGAAAAAUGUCUUACAAAUUGAUAUUCAAUUAAUUAAUUUAUAAGUUUUACUAUAGCAGUUUCCAGUCGUAAUUAUGAUUAUAUGAGGCUUUGAUUGUUAUGGAGAUGAAGUUUAUUAUACUUAUUUUUGUUGAAUAUUAUUUUAAAUGGUUUUAUUAGUAUCAAUAUGAUAAAUCUGUUCAUUAUAAUACUUGCAAUUAUUUAGAUUGAGCUUUAUUUACAGAGUGUUAUUUGUCUAGAGAUUGCAAAAAUGCACAAUUUAAUGGCAUAUUUUUUGAAAUUAUUGAAUUGUUAUAUGUAAUUUUAUUUAUUUGUUAUCACUUUCUAGGUAGGUUUCUAUAAAUCAAUAAAUUUUCAAUCUUCAAAUCAGGGCAAAUGUAACUAGUAAAGUCUUAUUCUCCCUGAUCUAGUGCAGUAAAAGUUUAACAAAGUCAAUGUAUUGUCCAUUCGUCGGCUGUGUAUUUAUCAUAACAAUUUGAUAUAUACGUCUGUUUUGCAUGUAAUUAUAGUCAUAUGAAUGUAAACCCUUGGUGAAGGUGCGGUGCGAUGCGGUUUGUGUUCAUAUUUUCGUUACGGUUUUUUUGCUUACUACCUACGUAAUAAAUAUUUCUUCAGAUUCUUAGAAUAGUCAGCAACAUUUGUAGCUCAUGGCUGCGAACCAAUCGCUUGACAUUAGUUUAUAUACUGGUUACCACGAGCCGCAUCGUACCAUGUCCUGUGUAAAGAGUUUUUCUAGUUACGAAAUACCUUCAAGAAUAGCUUUUAGUUAUUCCAACAAUGCAUUACUUUAAAAUAGAUUGGAAUAAAACAAUUUAUUAAA